UAUUCGAGAUGAGUGUUGUUGGCUUGUCCAGUGUCCGGCGGACUCACCUCCUCCGCACGUCGCGCCCCACAGCCAGCGCACGGAGCAGAGAGCUCAAGCCUACCGGAGCCGUUUAAAGAUGGCAGAACGACAGCAGAAACACGAAGGCGGCCGAGUGAAGAUCGGACAUUAUCUUCUCGGAGACACUCUGGGCGUCGGCACCUUCGGCAAAGUAAAGAUUGGAGAGCACCAGUUGACAGGUCAUAAGGUGGCAGUGAAGAUCCUGAACAGACAGAAGAUCAGGAGUCUGGACGUGGUGGGCAAGAUCAAACGAGAGAUACAGAACCUCAAACUAUUCAGACACCCUCACAUCAUCAAACUGUACCAGGUGAUCAGUACUCCUACAGAUUUCUUCAUGGUGAUGGAGUAUGUCUCAGGAGGAGAGCUGUUUGACUACAUCUGCAAACACGGACGGGUAGAAGACAAAGAGGCUCGUCGGUUGUUCCAACAGAUCAUCUCAGGGGUAGACUACUGCCACAGACACAUGGUGGUUCACAGAGACCUCAAACCUGAGAAUGUUCUGCUGGACCAUUCCAAGAACGCCAAGAUAGCUGACUUUGGGUUGUCAAACAUGAUGUCAGACGGGGAGUUCCUGAGGACCAGCUGUGGAUCUCCCAACUACGCUGCUCCUGAAGUCAUCUCUGGAAGGUUAUAUGCUGGCCCUGAGGUGGAUAUAUGGAGCUGUGGGGUGAUCCUGUAUGCCUUGCUGUGUGGGACUCUGCCCUUUGAUGACGAACAUGUUCCCACACUGUUUAAGAAGAUCAGAGGGGGCGUGUUCUAUAUGCCAGAAUACCUCACUCGCCCCGUCGCCUCCCUGCUGCUGCUCAUGCUGCAGGUCGACCCAUUGAAGAGAGCCACCAUUAAAGACAUUAGGGAACAUGAGUGGUUUAAGCAGGACCUGCCAGGCUACCUGUUUCCUGAGGACCUGUCUUAUGACUCCACAGUUCUGGACGAGGAGGCCGUCAGGGAGGUGUGCGACAAGUUUGAGAGCACCGAGUCUGAGGUGAUGUCCAGCCUGUACAGCGGAGACCCCCAGGACCAGCUGGCGGUAGCAUACCAUCUGAUUAUAGACAACCGUCGUAUCAUGACCCAGGCCAGUGAGUUCUACCUGGCCUCCAGCCCUCCCCAGGGCUCCUUCAUGGAGGAUGGCAUGCCCCUGCCUCCCGGGGUCAAACCACACCCAGAGAGGAUGCCCCCCCUGCUGGUAGACAGCCCUAAGGCGCGCUGCCCGCUGGAUGCCCUCAACACCACCAGAGCCAAACCCCUGGCAGUGAAGAAAGCCAAGUGGCACCUGGGCAUCAGGAGUCAGAGCAGACCCUAUGACAUCAUGGCUGAGGUCUACAGGGCUAUGAGACAGCUACAGUAUGACUGGAAGGUGGUGAACCCAUACCACCUGCGUGUUCGGAGUAAGAACCCAGUAACAGAUAACCUGGUGAAGAUGAGUCUCCAGCUGUACCAGGUGGACAACAGAUCCUACCUGCUGGACUUCAAGAGCAUCGAUGAUGACAUCAUGGAGGCAGUAGGGUUUAAGUCGGGUUCUUCCACCCCUCAGAGGUCAGGCUCCACAGCAGGGCUCCAUAGACCCAGACUCAGUGUGGACUCAGCCUUACCUGCCGUGGAUCUCCCCCAGCUCAGCUCCUCCCUGCCUGGGUCGCUGUGCUUCAGCGCUGCCCUCCUCACCUCCACCCCCACCUCCACCCCGCGCCGGGGCAGCCACACCAUGGACUUCUUUGAGAUGUGUGCAAGUCUCAUCACCACACUGGCCCGCUAGAGAAGGUUAACCCCGCUGGAUAACGUGAAGUCAGGAAAACUCCAGGUCCUACUUGCAUAACCUCUAAAACAGAACCCUGCCCUGAGCCUUGUAGUUAGACACUUUGAUAUCGGUGUGAUCCUGGCCUAAGUUUAGUAGAGCACUGUCCGCUGCAGGACAGAUGUGCCUCUAACCACAUAUCUAGGGUCAGUUGUGUGUUGUUACCUCCCUAUGUUAUAGGUUUGGGCUGGGUAUGGGAAACUGAUUCUAGAUCUGUGGUUAGGCUUCCUGUCUGUCUAGAGCCAGUCUUGCCAUGGGAAAGGUUAGGGGUUAGAGAUCAAACUUGCUGGGGCAAGGUCAUGUUAGGUCAAAUCUACUGUAUCCCAUAGACUGUACAAAGAUGGGCAGCUCCUCCCACAUUACUCUCAACCUCCAAUCAGCUGCUGAAUAGCCAUCACCAUAGAACUAGCCUUAACGGAAUUGCAAACAAUUUUAUGCAUCCGGUUUUCAGGGAUACAGUUAAUUCAACUUAGCUUUCUUUUCCGCUGAAAACCGGAUGUGUGAACUCCGCUAAGACGUUUUGUUUUAUGCCUACUACGUUAGGUUACCAUAGAUCAAACACGUUUCAGUUUUAAUUUUAAAUGGUUUUUAUAACGACACAGAUUUUGUUAUCCAUAUCAUAUAUUUAUAUUGCUAUCAUUUUGAGUAGAUGUUGAUUGAAUGACAUACCAAAACAAAUUGUUUCUAUAUACAAAGAGGAUUGUUAUUAUUUAGAUACCAGAUUCUUAUUUAUUUUUAGAGAUUGUUUUAAAGACUGUGUGUGGUUACUGAUUAUUGAAGCACUGCUGAUGUUUGAGAAUUCCAAGCUGAGUUUGAAGAGAUUUUAGGUGAUGAGAGGUCGUAGAGAGAGGAGGCUAGCUGACUGGCAAUAUAGUUCUGUGGAUUAGUUGGCACUGAUGCUAACGUGGCUAGCUGACGGAGGAGGAGGUG